CACUUCCGGCCGCGAAGGCUUCUGGGGGAGCAUGGCCACGCUGAGCAGGACCGGCGCGUUGGCUCGGGCCUUCGUCGCCGCCCGGGGCUCCGGACUCGUUAGGGGGCUUUUCACCUCCGCCCCCACCGCACGGGCCUCCCCAAGAAACCAGGCGGAGCCGGUGCAGGUGGAGGGGGCGUUCCCGGUGACCAUGCUGCCCGGGGACGGCGUGGGACCCGAGCUCAUGCACGCCGUCAAGGAGGUCUUCAAGGCGGCCAACGUCCCCGUGGAGUUCCAGGAGCACCACCUGAGCGAGGUGCAGAACAUGGCCUCCGAAGAGAAGCUGGAACAGGUCCUGGACUCCAUGAAACAGAACAAGGUGGCCCUCAUCGGGAAGAUCCACACGCCGAUGGAGUACAAGGGAGAACUGGCUUCCUACGACAUGCGGCUCAGACGCAAGCUGGACCUGUUUGCCAACGUGGUGCACGUGAAGAGUCUGCCCGGGUACAAGACGCGGCACAACAACCUGGACCUGGUCAUCAUCCGCGAGCAGACGGAGGGCGAGUACAGCUCCCUGGAGCACGAGAGCGCCCGGGGCGUGAUCGAGUGCCUGAAGAUCGUCACGCGGGCCAAGUCGCAGCGCAUCGCCAAGUUCGCCUUCGACUACGCCACCAAGCAGGGGCGCCGCAAGGUCACGGCCGUGCACAAGGCCAACAUCAUGAAGCUGGGGGACGGGCUGUUCCUGCAGUGCUGCGAGGAGGUGGCCGAGCUGUACCCCAAGGUCCGGUUCGAGACGAUGAUCAUCGACAACUGCUGCAUGCAGCUGGUCCAGAACCCGUACCAGUUCGACGUGCUGGUGAUGCCCAACCUGUACGGCAACAUCAUCGACAACCUGGCAGCGGGGCUGGUCGGGGGCGCCGGCGUGGUCCCGGGCGAGAGCUACAGCGCCGAGUACGCCGUCUUUGAGACGGGUGCCCGCCAUCCCUUCGCCCAGGCCGUGGGCAGGAACAUCGCCAACCCCACCGCCAUGCUGCUCUCCGCCACCAACAUGCUGCGGCAUCUCAACCUGGAGUAUCACUCAAACCUCAUCUCUGAUGCCGUGAAGAAGGUGAUCAAAGUCGGAAAGGUCCGCACCACCGACAUGGGCGGCUACGCCACAGCCCAGGACUUCACCCAGGCCGUCGUCGCCAGCCUGCCUCUACUUCCCCCCAAGACCUGAGGCGGACCGGGCCGCUGGGCCAGCAGCAGAAUUCCAAUAAAAGGGGGCUCCGGCCCGCACGGCC